AUGGAUGUAAAAAUGCAAAACAUACACACUUUGCUGGCAUGGACACUGCUGAUGUACCUGUGCUGCCAGGUAUGCUGUCAACAGUGUAGCCAGCCAUGCCAGUGCCCCAGCACAGCAUCAACGUGCCCCAAAAGAAUUCCCCUCGUCCUGGAUGGGUGUGGAUGCUGCCAGAUAUGUGCCCGCCAAAAGGGUGAAUCCUGUACUGAAAUACUUGUAUGUGACAAGCAGCGUGGACUGGAAUGUGACUAUAGUGCCAGCUUCCCUGGCGGUCCAGGAGAGUGUGUCAGUCAGGAGGAGCUGGGCUGUGAGCUGAAUGGUGUCUCUUAUAAGCAGGGUGAGGUGUUCCAGCCAUCCUGUUCCACCCAUUGUAAAUGUGCAGGUGGAGGGGUGACCUGUGUGCCGAUCUGCCCUGAAAACAUCCGUCUGCCCAGCCCAGACUGCCCGCGUCCUCGAAGAGUCCAGCUUCCAGGAAAGUGCUGUAAGGAGUGGGUAUGUGAGGACAUGGACAACAGUGUCCCACAAGAUGGACACACAGCUUCCAGCCAUGACCAGCUGUUACCCGCACUCCGUAGUAAUCCGUCCAGUCCCGGCUUCAGCUGUAUAAAUCGGAGCACAGAGUGGAGCGCUUGCUCGAGAACCUGUGGACUGGGAAUCUCCACAAGAGUGUCCAACCAGAACCCGGCCUGCAGGCUUGAACAGCAGAUGAGACUGUGUACAAUCCGACCAUGCCAAACAUUCCCCCAUCAGGCUCCAGUGUGGCCAAGAAGAUGCAAGUCCAGCUACAGGUCACCAGUACCCACCCGUCUAGCCUACUGGGGGUGCUACAGCACACGAUUCUACCGCCCACGUUACUGUGGCCUGUGCACUGAUGGCCGCUGUUGCACCCCUUACCAAACACACACUGUUACAGUCCCCUUCAGCUGCCCAGGAGGGCGCUUAGUUCACCAAUCCGUUAUGAUGAUCAGCUCCUGUGUUUGCCACUACAACUGCCCCUACUCAUCAGGUGGAACCUCCAUGAUGUCUGCUUACUAGGGCUGAUAACU